GAUGGAUUAGGUUAUGUUAUAUGACUUUGUUUUGAACUUAGAAAAUUUGUUUUCGCGGUGGCCUCUGAUCAAACGACCCACAUUCCAAUUUCCAAUCCCUCGAUUCCGCCAUGGCCACGCCCUCAGAUCCUUCAAACCAAGAAGCUGUUUUGAGAAGGAAGAACAACGGACCCCCAAUUAAGUUCCUCAUUCCUCUCAUAUAUGCCCCUAUACUCCCUCUAAUUCGACUAACGCUGCGGCACAAACCCGUCCUGAGAGAUCGCUUGUUUACAGCUGUGUUGGCUGGAGGUUUUGCUCAUGGUUUCUAUUUGAUAACAGACCUUUAUGAUAAAGAGAGCAAGUGAUUAUGCAGAGCAUGUUUCAGACAUUUCAUAAGCAUCAUUUACACCACAACCUCGUGUCCUCAAUAAAUUUUUUUGACCACUAUUUGCGGCUCAACAUCCUGGUAACACCUUAAGUUGGUUAGGCCAAUUUUCAACAUGUGUCAUUAGUUUAGAAUAUUGUUAUGCUAUGUUCGCUUUAAAAAAUGCAUCUUGUCUUGCGGAUUUUACUUUCUGUAGAAUAAAUAUGGAAUUUUGGAGACCUUUCUUUGAUCUUCUAGUGUUGUGAAUGAAGCAAACUUAUUUCA